CCCUUGCUACGUCCCAAGGCUCAGGUUCUGACCUAGCCUCGGACAACGAAAGCGAUUGAGGCUCGGAAAAAGCCAAAGCAUUUCAAGAGAAAUAAUGGAAUAAAAGAAGAGAGAGAAAGAGUGUAGAUAGAGAGAGACAGAUACAGUGGGUGUCGCUGAGUUCUAGAGAGAGAAAGAGAGAAUCAGGUUCGGAACCCCAAAAGAUGGGUCAGAUCGUGAGGAGGAAGAAGAAGGGCCGUCCAUCGAAGGCAGAUCUUGCAAAGCGAAACGCCGUCGAGGAGCAGCCGGCAGAGUCGUCGCCGGGGAGGGAUCUGCGGCGGAGUCUCCGGCGAAGAAAUGUCCAGUACAUCUUCGAUUACGACGACUAUAUCGACGAGGACGAGUAUUACGAGGACGACGAGGACGUGAGGAAGAAAGAGAAGAAGCUGCAGGUACUGCUGAAGCUGCAGAGCCAAGAAGGCGGUGCUGAGUCGGUUGUGAAUCGGACGCGGCGCGUGGAUCACACGCAUACUGCUUCGGCGUCUUCGGACGAUGACGACGGCGGUAAUCAGCCAUUGAAGAAGAGGAAAAUCGACGGCGACGAUGAAGUUGCUGACGAUGAUGAUGAAAAUGAUGAGGUUAGAGAGCGAAAGGUUGAGCCAAAAGGGAUCGACUGUGUUCCAGGGACACCGUCAGAUCCUCUAUCUGGGCUUCCCUUGCCUGAUAAGAAGACUUUGGAGUUAAUCCUUGAUAAGCUUCAGAAGAAAGACAUUUAUGGUGUUUAUGCGGAACCGUUUGAUCCUGAAGAGCUUCCUGAUUAUCUUGAUGUGAUUGAACAUCCAUUGGACUUUGCCACGGUCAGGAGCAAGUUAAAAAAUGGAUCCUAUUCAACAUUGGAACAAUUUGAGAGUGAUGUUUUUCUAAUUUGCUCAAAUGCAAUGCAAUACAAUGCACCGGAUACCAUAUAUCAUAAACAGGCACGUUCUAUCCAAGAGCUGGCAAAAAGGAAAUUUGAAAAAUUAAGGAUGGAUUUUGAACGUUUGGAGAAAGAGAUCAAGUCCGAAGAGAAGACAAGAUCCAACUCCUUGGCUAAGAAUCAAAUAAAGAAGCCCAUGAGCCGGACAGUGCAGGAGCCUAUUGGUUCUGACUUUUCCUCUGGCGCCACUCUUGCCACAGCUGGAGACUUCGUGAAUAAUACCUAUGUGGCCCAAGCUGGUGGAUUUGAGAGGCCUAGCAGUGUUGAUCGGCUUGUAGAGGGGAAUACUUCCUUGAUUGACUACAAUCUGGAGAAGGCAGAAGAUUUACUACCAGGGAAGGGUCUCCUAUCUAGAUUUGGGAGGAAGCCAGCUUCACAUGAUGAGAAUCGCCGUGCAACUUACAACUUAUCCGGUCAAACAGUACUCAGAUCAGAGUCAAUAUUUACAACUUUUGAUGGUGAAAGCAAGCAGCUCGUUCCUGUAGGGCUUCAUGCAGAUCAUUCCUAUGCUAGGAGCGUGGCUCGUUUUGCUGCAACUCUAGGCCCUGUUGCUUGGAAAGUUGCUUCCCAGAUGAUUGAACAGGCCCUGCCUGCUGGGUUCAAAUUUGGCCAUGGAUGGGUUGGAGAGUAUGAGCCGCUUCCAACACCAGUUUUAAUGCUUGAAACCUGUGCUGAUACGAGAAAGAAUGACAUAAGUGCUAAGACUCCAGUUUCUGCCAAGGAGCUCCCUGUUAAUGGGCCUAUAUUGGAGGGGAAAUCACCACAGUUUGGUCCUGCUGGAACGAAGCCUACUGCCACUUCUAGAACCACUACCCCACUCACUGCAAAGAGACAGCCUGCAAUGCGGAAUAGUUUAGAAAGGAAGCCCUCUUUUUCCUACUCUUCUGGAACCAAACCUAAUGUUUCUGAUAGUGCUACCUAUCAGCAGAAAAAAUCGCAAUCCAGGAAUUUCACUGAACCUGAGAAAAUGGUUAUGAAGCAAGUCGAAUUGAAUAAUCCACCCUCAGCUAAUCACAGUGCAUCUGGUUAUACAGAAGAGAGUCAGAUCUCGAAUUAUUCAGAAUUGCCAACUUCCAGGUCGUUGGAUGCGGUUCCUAGGAACAGGAAUUUUUUGCAGUCCGUAUCUUUUAAGCAGCCAAAUAAUAAUGGCACAGUCACUGGAGCGCUGCCUAAUGGAAGAGCUGUAAGCAAUGGUUCAGAUACCAGUAGAAUGGUUAGUUCUUCCUCUGAUAGUUUUCAUAAUCGAAUGGUCAGACCAGUGACUUCCUUUCUGAAUGGAAAGGAGCAGUGUCUCAGUGACCCCGUGCAGAUGAUGAGAACAUUAUCUGAAAAGGCUCAAAAUCAACAUAAAUCUUCAAAUCAGUCGUCCGUUGGUUCCAUACCAGUUGUGUCACCCUUUGCAUCCAUGAGCAGAGAUGACCCAAGCAAUGCCACUGCUGCAGCUGCUCAUGCAUGGAUGUCUAUGGGGGUCGGAGGCCUUAAACCAGCUGUGGUGAAUGAGGGCACCCCCAAAAAUCAGAUAAUUGCUGAUUUUUUAUGCAGUGCCACUCGUGACCUUCAACCACAAGUUGAGCAAUUUCGGGGAGAAUUUCCUGUUUCCGGGAUGCAUUUUCAACCUGAGAACAGUUUUCCUCUUCAUACCUUUGUGCCACGACCGGUUAUAUCGGCCAAUGAAGCUCAAUUCCAAACCCGACCAAUGCUUGCUCCUCAACUAAGCACAUCUGACUUGUCUAGGUUUCAGAUGCACUCUCCUUGGCGAGGUCCUAAUCCGCAAAUUCAGCCUAGGCAAAAACAGGAAUCUCUUCCACCAGACUUGAACAUUGGUUUCCAGUCGUCAGGGUCUCCUGUGAGACAGUCUAUUGGUGUUCCAGUUGAUUCUCAGCAGCCAGACCUGGCUUUACAGCUCUGAGACUUGACAAUAUUUUAGAUACCAAGAAUGAAGAGAACCAACAAUCUGAUGGGGCUCUUGGUUCAUUUGUAAGAAGGUUGCAUUACUUUCUGGCAAGGCCAUUUGAUGUGCAUGUAUGUCAGAACCCCCACCACAUCUCGAAGCACAUCAUAACUGGUUUGGUCUGCCUAAAGCAACGACGGGGAAGAAGUUCCUCACUUUGUUGGAAUCAGAUCUCCGAGACUUGUGUCUUUUUUGCCGGGGUUUGUCCACAUAAAGUAGUGUAUUUUCUGGCAUUUAGAGUAGUUUUAAAGUAGGCAACAGGCGUAGAAAAUGGAUCAUAGUUGGGGCAAAAUAGUUGUAGACAGAGGUGGUUAUGGCCCUUCUUUCCUAUUUGAGGAGUACUGAUUUGCAUUGGCUUGUGCUUCUAUCAUAUAUCAGAGAGCUGAAGCUGCGUUUCUCGUAUGAAACCUAAGUUGAUUACUUGUACAUUAUUUACAGGCUGACGAGGGCUAUUACUUAUGUUGUAUUGUGAUGGCUCUUGUGUGACUGUGAUGGCUCUUUUGUAACUGCUUUGGUGAUUUCUCUCUCUUGCAUUUGCUAGCACUGUCAUGUACAUGUGAUACUGUAAUUUUACAUUGGAUAAGGAGUUUCCCAAUUUUGUGUACAUGUCCUUUUCUGAUUCCCUUCUUGAAUUCCAU